CCCACGGUCUCGCCUUACGUGAACCACUUCAGAGAGCGCGACUCGUGGCGCGUGGCUUUGUGGGCACUGUAGUUUUUUCUUUUCUCGCCGGCUCUUCCCUAUCUUUUCAGUUUUUGAUUCCUCUGGGACUCCGUUUCCCGUGGUGCGCCGGGGCCGGCUUCCGGUGCGGGUACGGGUCGGUGCACGCGGCGGCAGUGGCGGCGCCCUGGUGACAUUGCUUGGGGGCCAUGGAGGGCAGCUUCGGUUCGGAUUUCGGGAGUGCGGCGGGGGCCGGGGGCGGGAAGCUGGACCCAGGGCUCAUCAUGGAGCAGGUGAAGGUGCAGAUUGCCGUGGCCAACGCGCAGGAGCUGCUGCAGAGGAUGACGAACAAGUGUUUCCGGAAGUGCAUUGGGAAACCCGGCAGCUCCUUGGAUAACUCCGAGCAGAAGUGCAUUGCAAUGUGCAUGGAUCGCUACAUGGAUGCCUGGAAUACAGUGUCCCGCGCCUACAACUCUAGAUUGCAGCGGGAGCGAGCCAACAUGUGAGGCAUGUGCUUUUGGAGUGGACAUCCAGGAGCGCUGGCUCUGUUGUCCAGAGUGGCCGACUCUGGACACAGCCAGGGAGCUCAUCCUCCUCCCAUCCUCCCUUCUGACAAGGUGCUUUGAGAAUGAAAGGAAUAAGGCAGGGGCAGGGGAGGAUUCCUGAAAUUUGGCUCCAUUCCUUGGUGAUUCCCCAGCCCAUAAUGAGCACACUAAUAAAAGCCCUGUUUGUGGAGCCUGGAUCUCUGCCCUUCUCUAAGGGCUCAGUUCUCCCCUUCUCUGCUGUGGUUACAGCUUAUAGGUGAAGGAUUGGGCUAUUGGAGGUCCUCCUGCAGGCUGGGAAGCUCCUGGCCCCCUCCUGACGGAAUCUGACAUUACUGGCUCCAAGCAUAUACUGAUUCUGAACUGGGUCUGUGGCUAUUCCCCGGGAAAGGCUUGUUUGGCACUUCUGAGUUGGGGAUGCCCAGCUCACGAGCAAGGGUCUAUGUCGUCACUGCCUGUUAUGUAUCCAGAAAACAGUAAAUUCCUGUCUGUGACACCAGAA